AUGCUCACUGGCAAAGAAGAAUUAGAUAAAAUGAACACCAAAAGUGGUAAAGGGAAUGCUGAAAGUGAAGAAUUGCCUUAAUAUCUAAGAUCUUCAUAUUCCCAAACUUAUUAAUAAUUGGAACCAACUAAAAUUCUCAAGGGGAAAAAAGUGUUUCCAUAAUUUGCUUACGGGAAUUCUCAUGAGGCUCCUACCUAUUUUAAAUUGUCGAACUCUUUGGUUUGUCGAGAAAGUUAUGACAAUCCUUAUAUCAAGACUAAAGUGCCUCCAUUAAGCAAGUUAGACUCUCUCAAGGGAAGCACUCUCAAUAAUUAUGAAUUUUAUAAUAUUUCUGAUUAGAGAUUCACGAAUCGAAAACCUACAGGUUACAUUACUAAUAAAAUAACAGAUACGAUUACAAAUUAGGUUAAAAUUGUAUAAAAACCAUUCAAUGAUGACAAUGGCUAAAUCUUUACUUUUGAAAGUGCUUACAAAUCCAUCUAAGAUAAAUUAUUCAAUAGAAAAAGAGAGCUUUUCACAGAUUUUGUUGAGAAAAAUGAUUUACUUAAUGUCUAUGGACCAUUAAAUAUGAGAACCAGACCAAAAGAAUUCAGAGAAGUCAAAAAUUAUGCUUUGGAUUCUGAAUAACUCAAAUUAUUGAAGGAACAGAGGUCCAGGCAACAAAUCACUCCCACCAAUAGAAGUGGGUUCACUGAUCUCAUUAAAACUGUUAGAUUGCCCACCAUUUCUAAAAUGCAAGGAUUGGAUACAGAUAAAUAUUAUAACAAAGAUUAAAAUUAUCUCAAUUAAUUAUCUAAUUCAAUUAUCGUCGAGAAAAUCGAUCAGAAUAUCAAACAUAAAAAUAAAACUCUCUAAAGUUUCAAUAAAAAUAAACGGUUUAUCAAACACAACACAGAAGACACUGAAAAUAUGUAAGGAAUUAUUGACAUAUUUGAGAAGCAUUUAGAAUUUGAAAAAUAAUAUAAUGGGUGA